CAGAGAGAGUCACAGAAUUGCGGAAGAGGAGCUGAGAGAUGUCGUCGAGCGCAGCGGUGCCGUUCUGGAGAGCAGCUGGGAUGACCUACAUCACGUACUCCAACAUUUGCGCCAAUCUCGUCAGGAAUUGCCUCAAGGAACCCCACAGAUCUGAAGCCCUCUCUCGCGAGAAGGUCCAUUUCGUCUUCUCCAAGUGGGCCGAUGGCAAGCCUGAGAAGCCUACUGUUCGUUCAGACACACCAGAACAGUAACAGGGAGUUCUUGGAGUUGGAAGACUUGGUAGGCAAAUGUCUCUAAGAUCGUAAAGUUAAUCAAUAAAUAGAUGAGAGAAUUUGUCAUUGUUGAAGCUUCUGUUUCUCUGUACUUGUUUUUAGUGUCCAUGCCAUAUGGUCCUUGAUUUUGGAUUUGCAUGGUUGAACCUGUAAUAAAUUUAGUUAUGCAAUUUGCAACUGUCCA